GAUCAAGGACCUGCAAACAGACGUCACAGACGGAGUGCUGCUGGCUGAGAUCAUUCAGGUCGUAGCCAAUGAGAAGAUUGACGACAUCAAUGGCUGUCCAAAGAGCCGUUCUCAGAUGAUUGAGAACAUCGAUGCCUGCCUCAGUUUUCUGGCAGCCAAAGGAGUCAACAUCCAGGGUCUGUCUGCAGAGGAGAUUCGGAAUGGUAAUCUGAAAGCCAUCCUCGGCCUCUUCUUCAGCUUGUCUCGCUACAAACAGCAGCAGCAGCAGGCCCACCGGCAGAACUCUCAGCCCUCUCUCUCCUCAGCCCAGUCUCAGAGCACACACCCUCCCCUGAGCCAUCAGAGCAGCGCCCCCGCACAGCUCAGCCACUCUCCGCAUGGGACUCCUGCCGUCACAGCCCAGAAAGCAGCACAGGCCGAGAUGCAGUCCAGACUUCCCGGCCCCUCGGCGAGGGUGUCCACUGCCGGCGGUGACAUCCCUCCCAGAGGCUCGGUCAGUGCUGCUGGGAACCGACGCAGUCAGGGCUUCAGCGACAAGACCAAAGCCAACUCACACCUGAACAGAGAUUCCUCAGAGGGCUUGACCUCACAGCCUUCGGUGAUGACUGAGCAUGCUCCGUCGUCCGCACUGACCGUCAGCUCCUCCACCAGCAUCCCAGCUGCUACCUCCGCCCUGAGUCCUCCCCCGUCUUCGUCGUCCUCCUCGUCGUCUACAGCCAUCCCCCAGCCCAACAGCAACAGCAAGCCCUGGAGGAGCAAAUCCAUGAGCUCUAAGAACGCCUCCUCUCCUUCCACCAGCACCUCGGCGUUGUCCGCCAUGCAGUCAGUAAAGCAGGAGAAGGAGUCCUCCAGUAAGGCUGCACCGGCGAGUGACGCUCCUCCUAAGGUUGUCGCUCAGAAGUCGAUGCUGGAGAAGCUAAAGCUCUUCAACAGUAAAGGAAGCUCCAAAUCUUCCAGCUCCUCCAAUGGAGUCGGGGCUCAGACUGAUAAUGCUGCCCUAGCCAGGCAGCUCAGUGCGGGGCAGGUGGAGAGAGCUGAGACAGGCUCCAACACCGACCCCCUGGAGGACAAUGACGGCAACGUACGGCCGGGAAUGAACGGUGCCAGUAAUGGGACGGCUUACGGGUCUGCGCCCUCAGCAGGUACGACUGUCGCCACAACCGCCAGCAGCCCCAAAAUCGCCCUGAGGGGCAUUGCCCAGCGCACUUUCAGCAGAGCUUUAACUGCCAAGAAGAGCUCCGUCAAAGGCACAGAGAAAGAGAAGGACAGAGGGAAGGACAAGGAGAAAGGGAAGGAGGUGGGGAAACGUGUCUCAGUCCCUGACAGGACCGAGCUCAGGGGGGAGGAGCCUAAAGAGGAAGCGGCACCUGUAGCUGCAGACACAGACAGUUCAAGCAAAAGGACCUCUAAAAUCACCAGCUUCAUUCCCAAGGGGGGUAAAGUGGCCAAAAAGGAGAGCUCCACCCCUGCACACAGCGGAAUACCAAAGCCAGGAAGUAAAGGAGUCGGAGGGAAAGCUUCCUCAGCGAAGGAGGCGGGGGAGAGGCCUCGGAGCAUGCGGCUAGGAGGGGGUCUAGUCAUGCACCGCAGCGCCCUGGACAGAGACAGAGACAGAGACAGCAGACACUCCAGCUCCACUUCCAGCCUGGCCUCCACCGAGGGAAAAAGCAGCGCCGCCACGGUGGCAGGAGGAGGCACUACACAGAGCACAGCCAGCAACACUGUCAGCGUGCAGCUACCUCAGACUCAACAGCACCACAGCCACCCCAACACGGCCACCGUUGCACCUUUCAUGUCCCAAACUGAUGGCGAGGGGACGGCGAACACCGAGACCGGCUCAGGAGGAAUAGGAGGGGACGUCUCCUUCAACAAGAGCGGCCAGCUCUCCAUCGAGGACCUAUCAGGGGAGGACCCAGAGACGAGGCGGUUACGUACGGUAAAAAACAUCGCUGACCUGCGGCAAAACCUGGAGGAAACCAUGUCCAGCUUACGGGGAACUCAGGUCUCACACAGCACCUUGGAAACCACGUUUGAUGGCAACGUCACGACAGACGUCAACAGCGGUGGAGGAGGCAGCAAUAACAGCGCGGGGAGUCGGAGCAUCCUCAGCCUCACUUCUACCCGCCCCUCCCUGUCGUCAUGGCGACUGGGUCAGUCCAGCCCUCGUCUGCAGGCGGGCGAUGCCCCCUCUAUGGCGAACAGUUAUGGGGGCCGGGCGGCGGGCGGGCAGGGAGGGCGCUACCUCUACCCCGGGCAUCUCAGACGGCAGCUGGCUGGCCGGGGAGGAGCCCUCUGCAGCGUGGACCUCGGAGACAGAGCCGGAGACGACAUGGACCUGGACAGCAUCUCCAUGGAGGUCACAGGAUACAUGAGCGACGGAGACGUGCUGACCAAGAACGCAGCACGCACUGAUGAUGUCACCAGCGGCUACUUGACUGACGGAGGGUUGGGACUGUACACGCGACGCCUUAACCGCCUCCCGGACAGCAUGGCCGCCGUCAGAGAGACGCUCCAUCGGAACACGUCGUCGGGACAGGGAGAUGCUGACAGCUGGGAUGACAGCAGCUCGGUGAGCAGUGGCAUCAGUGACAACAUCGACACCGAUGACAUCAACACCAGCUCCUCCAUCUCCUCCUACGCCAACACGCCCGCUGCACAGCGCAAAGGCCUCAACGCACAGCCUGUGACGGAUGCAGAGAAGCACUCGGCCUCCACUGCGGUGCACCAGGUCUGGUCAGGAGACGAGGUAAAGAAGCCAGACGGCGGGUCAGACAGCGGGGUCAGGAUGGAGACAGGCUCCAAGUGGGGCCGCCGGAACCCCUCAGACAUUUCUGAUGAGUCCGACAAGGGCAGCUCGGGGAGGAAGACCCCCUCCGUGUCCCACACGGGCUCCUGGAGGAGAGGAAUGAGCACUCAGGUGGGGGUGACUUCCCCCCGGACUAAAAGCACCAGUAGCACAGGCUCCACGAGCUCUGCCGGCCUGAAGACCCACAGUUCAGGUAAGACGGAUGACGUCAAGGUCUCAGAAAAGGGUCGCCUCUCUCCUCGUCCUAACGGCCUGCACCGCUCGCCCUCAGACACAGGACGCAGCAGUGGCGACGAGGCAAAGAAACAAUCGAUCUCCUCCGGCCGCACGGCGAACACACACGCCCUCACGCACACCGUCUCAGACCCUCACUCCCAGACACACACGCUCGCGUCACGCACCCCGACCAGCACCUUUGGCUUCAAGAAGCAGGGCACUGGGAUGGUUACCAUGGUUACUGCGAGCGGUGCCACCAUCACAAGUGGCUCUGCCACCCUGGGGAAGAUGCCCAAAUCUGGGGGACGCUCCCUGACAGGAGGGUUGAAGUCAGGUGGGCAGGACGGAGGGUCAGCGCUGGGUCACCAUGACGACGGCUUCCUCCCCAUGAGCGCCCGCUCCACUCUGCAGUACCGCAGCCUGCCAAGACCCAGCCGCUCGGGAGCAGCUGCUCGCAACGGAAACCGCUCCUCCACCAGCAGCAUCGAGGCCGCCGUGCUGUCUGUCACGUCUCACGGCAAAAACUCACUCAGCAUCACCAAGACAAAUGGCUCCGGUGUUCUGCUGGCCAAUCAGACGGAUCGGGAGAAAGGCGUCUCGGAGAUCGACAGCCUCAGGAGCGGAGUUGUGAUGCAGGGCGGGGGAGCUGCGACUGUUCCUCUGACAGGGAGACAGCAGGUUUCUUCACCCACACUUCGCAGGUUAUUCGGUGGGAAGCCCAGCAAACAGGCUCCGGUCACCACGGCAGAAAACAUGAAGAACUCCACUGUUAUCUCCAACCCCCACGCCACCAUGAACCAUGUGACCACGGUGCUGGAGUCUCCUGACGGGGGGCUGGGAGGAGGGGACGGCGAGACCAACAGCCUCCUGUUUGGAGGCAGACUGCAGGGAUCAGGGAUGGGGACGCUGGGCAGCGAGCAGGCCUCCAGUCCCGGCUCAGUCUACUCCUCCACCGGCCCUUCCAACAGCCUGACGUGGGGCACCACCUUCAGCAGCUCCUCCGCGCAGAGCAGAGAGAGUACACUGGGGGGGCACGGCGGGGCGGGCAGCAUGGGAUUCCCCUCAGUCAGCAGCAUGCACACCAGCAGCGAGUCCAUCGACAUGAGCCUGGGCAGCGGCUGCCACGGGACCCACCGGGAAGACACCCUGUCUGCGCUCGGUCGCACCGGCAGCGUGAAGACCGGCAUGUCUGAGAGUCCCCUCUCCUCCCCCUCUGCUAGUCCUAUAUUCAGCCGAAACACGCUGCCUCGGAAGCAGGACAGCGGGACUCACUGUGGUAGAAACACUCUGCCUAAGAAAGGACUCAGGUACGGGCCGUCCCCUCAGCUGCGGAGCCACGAGGAGGCACGUGAUUGGCUGCGCUCCCACUCCACCAGCGGGCUCCAGGACUCGGCCAGUAACUCCCCGUUCUCCCCCGGCUCCAGCCUCACCUCCCCAUCCGGCACCCGCUUCAACUUCGGACAGCUCGCUUCCAGCCCGACCUCAGCGGCUCAGAUCAACCUCGCCAGCAUGCGCAACAACAGCCUGACCAAUCAGGACGCCUCCUUUGACCCGUGCGGCGACAACCGCCUGAGAAACUCGUGCAUGUCACUCGACGAGAAGACGCGCACCAUGAGCAGGUCGGGCUCCUUCAGGGACGGCUUCGAGGAAGUUCACGGAUCAUCUCUGUCUCUGGUCUCCAGCACGUCUUCCAUUUACUCCACUAACGAGGAGAAGUCGCAGUCGGAGAUCCGCAAGCUGCGCAGGGAGCUGGACGCUUCCCAGGAAAAGGUUUCCGCCCUGACGACACAACUGAGCGCCAAUGCUCACCUGGUGGCAGCGUUUGAACAGAGUCUGGGCAACAUGACCAUCAGACUGAAGAGUCUCACCUUGACGGCAGAGCAGAAGGACUCGGAGCUGAAUGAGUUGAGGAAGACUAUCGAGCUGCUGAAGAAGCAGAACGCUGUUGCUCAGGCUGCCAUCAACGGCGUCAUCAACACACCUGAGCUCACGCAUAAAGGGGACAGGACAGCCGGCAGUAACGGCAGUCCUCAGCAGCAUCAUCAGCAGCCUGACCUGCGCAUCAGGCGGCAGCACUCGUCCGACAGCGUCAGCAGCAUCACCAGCGCCACCAGCCACUCCAGUGUGGGCUCCAACAUGGACGCCGACGCUAAAAACAAGAAGAAGAACAAGAAGAACUGGCUGAGGAGCUCCUUCAAACAAGCGUUCAGCAAGAAGAAGUCUCCCAAGUCGGCCUCGUCUCACUCUGACAUCGAGGAGAUGACCGACUCGUCGCUGCCGUCGUCGCCCAAACUGCCUCACAACGGCUCUGCGGCCUCCAGCCACAUGCUCAGGAACACACACUCCAACUCUCUGUUGUCCGAGUGUUUGGACAGCGAGGCGGAGACGGUGAUGCAGCUGCGCAGUGAGCUCAGGGAGAAGGAGAUGAAGCUCACGGAUAUCCGGCUUGAGGCUCUCAGCUCCGCCCAUCAGCUGGACCAGCUCAGGGAGGCCAUGAACCGCAUGCAGCUGGAGAUCGAGAAGCUGAAGUCAGAGAAUGACCGUCUGAAGGUGGAGAAUCAUGGCAGCAGGAUGGGCUCCCAGGCCUCCAUCUCCUCCUCUCCUCCUCCUCACGCACACAGCCAGGCCCAGGGGAGCGGGCCGGCUCUCACCCAGCACAGCCUCAACCUGACCACUAGUGAGUCCACCAGCCUGGACAUGCUGCUGGACGACACCGGGGGAGAAGGAGGGAUGAGGAAGGAGGGCAGACACGUGAAGAUGGUCGUCAGUCUGGACGAGGGCAGCAAGUGGGGAGAGGAGGGUCGGACUCGUCAUUUUCUGAUUGGUUGCAUCGGUGUGAGCGGUAAAACCAAGUGGGACGUCCUGGAUGGAGUGGUCCGACGCCUUUUCAAGGAGUACAUCACCCAUGUGGACCCCCUCAGUCAGCUGGGCCUGAGUUCAGACAGCGUGGAGGGAUACAACAUCGGAGAAAUCCAUCGACCCAGCUGCCUUAGCGCCGCCCAGACGCCCGAGCUACUGCCCUGCGGCUACCUGGUGGGAGACAGCAACACCAUCAACAUCCAGCUCAAAGGCGUGAGCACUGCGAACGUGGACUCUCUGGUGUUCGACACUCUGAUCCCGAAGCCGAUGCUGCAGCGCUACGUCUCCCUGCUGAAGGAGCACCGACGCGUCAUCCUGUCGGGCCCCAGCGGCACAGGAAAGACCUACUUGGCCAAUCAGCUGUCUCGACACCUGCUGCUCCUUGAGGGCCGGCCUCUGACCCCGCACGCUGUCGUCACGUUCAAUGUGGACCACAAGUCCAGCAAGGAGUUGCGUCAGUACCUCUCCGGUCUGGCUGAGCAGUGCAGCGGCGUCCCGGGGACAGAGAGCCCUCUAGUGGUCAUUCUGGACAACCUGCAUCAUGUCAGCUCCCUGGGAGAGAUCUUCAACGGCGUCUUCAACUGCACCUACCAGCACUGCCCGUAUAUAAUCGGCACCAUGAGCCAAGCGACGUCAUCUGCCCCCAACCUGCAGCUCCACCACAACUUCAGGUGGGUGCUGUGCAACCACAUGGAGCCCGUGAAAGGUUUCCUGGGUCGAUACCUGAGGAGGAAGCUGAUCGAGACGGAGAUCGGCAGCCGGACGCGCAACAUGGAGCUGGUGAAGAUCAUCGACUGGAUCCCGCGAGUUUGGCACCACCUGAACCGCUUCCUGGAGACGCACAGCUCCUCUGACGUCACCAUCGGACCUCGUCUCUUUCUGUCCUGUCCCAUGGACGUGGAGGGAUCUAGAGUUUGGUUCACCGACCUCUGGAACUACUCCAUCAUCCCGUACAUGCUGGAGGCUGUCCGAGAGGGACUGCAGCUGUAUGGCCGCAGGGCUGCGUGGGAGGACCCUGCUGCCUGGGUGAUCGACACUUACCCGUGGUCGGCCGCGCCAACACCUUCUGAAUGGCCCCCGCUGCUGCAGCUCCGCCCAGAGGACGUGGGGUUCGAUGGUUACUCUGCUCCAAGGGAAGGGCUCAGGAAAGAGCCCCCGCAGAGCGACAGCGACGCAGACCCGCUGAUGAACAUGUUGAUGCGUCUGAAGGAGGCGGCUACGUCGUCGAGCCCGCAGAGCUACGACAGCGACUCCAACAGCAACAGCCACCAGGACGACAUCCUGGACUCGUCGCUGGAGUCGACCUUGUGAUGUCACAACGCUACACUGGGAUCCGUUUUCGGGAGGAAACUUUAUCAGAAGAACUGUCUCUGCUGUGAGAAUUUCACAAAAUCCAGCCAACCUUAAUUUUGGGUGCAGGUAACCCAAAUAUUUAAUAAGGGGAAAAAAACAGACAAAAGGAAAGAUUUUACUGCACUGGGCUGCAUUUUUUUUUUUCUUCACCGCUGUGGCCCGUGGCUCCUCAUUUGUCAGGAGCCUGACUUCUACUUCAGAAUUUAAAGCACACAGCCUGUCGCUGUCAGUGAGCAUCAUCAUCAUCAUCAUCAUCAUCAUCAGCAAACACCAGCCAGGAGUCCUCCAACCUCCCUUGAGUGCAGUGCACCCGAGCUGCCUGCAGAUGGCGACACAGAGCCUUCUCGCUGCUGAGAACACAAAUCAGGCUGCUGCUGGGGGGUUGGAUGGAUGGAUCAACACUCAGCUGCUUUCUGCUCCUCCUCAGCCUGAAGUUAUCUGUGACGCUCCUGGAGGGUAAACCGAGCCAAAGUGAAUGUUGAGUCCUGCAGCAUUUCUAUUCACACUUUGAGAACCUCGACAAAGAGAUCACAGCUCUCGAUGCUGUUUGGUUUGAUGUCACUCAGAUCCGAACUAUACAUCCCAUGCCGAGUUUCUGAGCUGAAAAAAACCUUAGAAGUAAUGGUCAGCGACGGAGGUACGCGUCCACGGAGAGUAAAUACAAGAGCAGGAAUAAUAAAUAAUGCAUACCAAAUACAUGAAAUAUCUUUAUUCAAAAGAGAACUGGGACACAUUUGUUUUUGUUUGCAACCAAACAAGAAGAAGUCAAAGAGCAAACUUUGUGCAUUGCAAGUGAUUCAUGUUUUGUUGAAUUUUAAAUGAAAACACGGAUUACAAAUUUUUAGACAUGUGAUACAUUUGAAAAUCACAGAAAUAAUCAUUUAAAGUUUUUUUUCCUCGUGGUUAACCUGAACAUUGUGUCGCCUCUUUCUUGGUUAAAGUGACAAUUUUCAUGAUCUAUGGCAAUAAUGGCAACAUUUCAGAUUCAAAAGCCAAUCCGAACACAAAUUAAACUUUCAGAUUUUCAAAGAAAAGUUUUUUUUGUUGCAAGUGCAUUCAGUUUUGCUCUAUAAACCAGUCGGUGUGGUCGCAUAAUAAUUUGUGCAAAAGAAGCCUCAUAAAAGAGUGAGGGGGGGGAAUGCAAUUCCAUAAUGUAAACAUGUAAACAACGACAGUUAAGCAACACAUUCAAUGCCAAAAUUGGUGUAAAUAUCUGAAAGCUAAGGAGAAUCUUUGUAUCUGGUUGGUCAAAAAUGUGCUCCACACUCCCUCCUGACACUCUGUAGGAGUUCGAUCCUGCCUCAGAGCUCAGAAGGUGCUGUGAAAAAAAGCAGAAUGACACAAAUUGCAAAAAGUUCAGCUGUAGACCCAAGCACAAGUCACACCUGCUGAAAAUAAAGAAAGUGUUUCUCAUCUGGUACAACAUCUGUAGCUCUUUCAAAGGCCAGGCAACGAUGAAACGGCCUUGACUCAGAUUGAAACAUUCACAAUGGCUGGAUUUAUCCUUUGACUCUGUUGAUCUUUGACUCUCAGAUGUCUUUUCUGUCUCCACCACAUCGCUUUGACCGCUUAAUAAACCUUUGUGGUCGCCACGCACAUUUGGCCCAAACAGGCUGUUGUAGCACAAAUAUUUAAUGGUGCUGGACUGAUUUUUCUUCUUUCUUUUUUUUUAAACAAUGCCUUACUCUUUUCUAACAGACUAUGUGCAUUACGCUGAUUCUUUAUUCGUCUAAGUGGCUGUAAACUAAACAGGGCUGCGAGGUCGACUCUCUCUCUAGGAGCGCCGUCGACCUCUCAUCAUAUCAAACACCGACGCCGUGGGCUUGGGACGCGAAUGAGAAGCAGUACUUUGUUUUUUAAUAUUAAGUUGUAUGCAUGAAUGACCCAGUGCUGUGAAGCUGGUGUAAAUAUUUGGACCACUAGAGAGGAAGACAGAAAAGAUAUAUAUGUGAUGUGUUUUGAUGCUUGAGAUGAGAAUAUUUGACUGAUGAGGGAAGAUUAAAAACGUGUUGAUUUUAUACCUCAUCCCCAUUCUGUACUGUGCUUUGCUCAGAGUCUCUUUUGAUUAUGUGAUUUGUGAGGAACAAAAUGUCAUAAAUUGGACUAAUUAAGUGAAAACUAGCGUACAUGCUGCUUUGUGUAUAUUCCUAUAAUUAAGGUAUGGAGGUACAUGUGGUUGACUGAUAAUGUAAAAGGGUUCAAAGUCAUUUCUGUGGCUUAAAAAAGAAAGAAAACAGACUUUUUCUUUGUUUUAAAGCUCCCAGCUUGCCCUUCAGGAACGGUGAGCUCAAGUUUAAAGCCAGGGUGGGUCAUACAUUGCUUCAGUGUUUUUGUCACAGAUCCUAUGCAACAUUCAUUCUGAUCCCCAAAAGGAAGCCAAAAGCUGCAUGUGCGUUUGUCCAGCACUGCCGAGAUGUACAGCAAGGAUCCAGAUUUGUGCAGACUUAAUUUGAAUUUGUCGUCCAUUCAUGUGUCUGUGUGUUUUAUUUUCUCGAGGUUUUCCUGCUGCGGUCCUUGUAAGCACAAAGAGACUGAAUCUGCUGUCAGCCUCGUGUAACGCCUGCUCUCAGACGAGCGGGUGUCUUUGAAGCAUUUGAAACUGUGUGUCAGUUUAUUACUCACAAACUCAAUGAAUGUUUAGCCUUCUUUGCUAUGUACAUUUUUGAUAUGUAACAUAACUUUGUAUAUAGUUGAUUAUCUUGGAACAUUUGAUGACUUUUUUCUAGCUGAUUUGUAACAGUACUUGAAAAAAGAGUAUUUUGUGUACAGUCUCUUUACAUCAGAGCAGAUCGGUGCCGUUUGUCACACCUGGUCUGUCCAGGGCUCGUUGAAUUAAAUCUAUCACUGUACUAGUCUUAAGUUAUUGUGAUUCAAUAAAAUUAAUAAUUAUUUAUGAAUGAA